ACACUUCCCUAUAAAUAUGCUGCGCCGGAAACGUCUCGUCCUCUUCUAGUGAUUAAACAUGGCGGAACAGGGCGAGAAAAAGGAGAACCCCAUGCGUGAGCUUCGCAUCCGCAAGCUCUGUAUGAACAUCUGUGUUGGGGAGAGUGGUGACCGACUGACCCGUGCUGCUAAGGUGCUUGAGCAGCUGACAGGACAGACGCCUGUCUUCUCCAAGGCUCGCUACACUGUGCGAUCCUUUGGCAUCCGCAGAAAUGAAAAGAUUGCUGUCCACUGUACCGUACGUGGAGCUAAGGCUGAGGAGAUCCUGGAGAAGGGACUCAAGGUGCGUGAGUACGAGUUGAGGAAGAACAACUUCUCCGACACUGGGAACUUCGGCUUUGGCAUCCAGGAACACAUUGAUCUGGGAAUCAAGUACGACCCCAGCAUCGGUAUCUAUGGACUGGACUUCUAUGUCGUCCUUGGCAGACCUGGCUUCAGCAUCGCUGACAAGAAGCAGAAAACCGGUCGCAUCGGUUUCAGGCACCGUAUCCGCAAAGAGGAGGCCAUGCGCUGGUUCCAGCAGAAGUAUGAUGGGAUCAUCCUCCCCGGGAAGUAAAGGAUCACCAUUGGCCUUGUUCAUAACAAUAAAAUUUAAAAAAAUAACUAUGUUCUGUGAUUAUUAAGUAAUGUGUUAUUUAUCUUAUGCUGGCUUUAUAGUUAAGUGAAUCCAUAUUUAGUUUAAUCGUUCAUUAAUGGAAAUGUAUGUUAAUGGGGUUACAGUAAUGUGUAUUAAAUUGGAAGAAUGGCGCUUGCUAUUUUAAAGGGUAAAAAUUAAUUUGCAACAUUAGUGUUGUGGUUAAGAGCAGGCUGUAUGGGUCUGUAUCGCUGUUUUUGCCUCGACGCUUCCAUUGUAAAAUAAGCUAUACAUGCAACAAUAUUUGCCCAGUUCGAGUACAGGAUGGGAAAUCUAACUUUUAAUUUGUAUUUAAUAGAAUGAGCUGUAGCAAAGAAAGCCGCCAAUAUCUAAGGUUGGUUGAAGUUCUACAGCUGCACCAUGGAGGGGAUCCUGACUGGUUGCAUCAUUGCCUGGUAUGGCAACGGUUCAGCCUCUGACUGCAAGGCACUACAGAGUGUGGUGUGCAGGGCCCAGUACAUCCCUGGGGCUAAGCUUCCUGCCAUCAGGAGGCUCUACCAGAAAGGCCUGAUAGUCACUAGCAACCCUAGUCAGAUGGUUCUCUGCUACUGCACAACCAGCAGUACAAGAGGCAAGGUCACUUUACCUUGACUAAUGUGCCCCAUGUAUAUAGCCUUGCUACUUUCAGUUUAUUUGAGUAAUUAACAUUUAAUUGCAUUAUUGGUUAUUGGCUUGUAAUUAAGCAUUUGGCAAAUUAGAUUUGUUUGCAUGCAGUUCAAAUUAGAUUUGUUUGCAUGCAGUUCAUGGUAGGUCUGUCAUCUGCCAAAUGAUGGCAUUAAUUUUAUGACGAAUGUCAGUAUAUUGAUUGUCAGAAGUAGAUACUAGCUGGUUGUCUAGUUCAUCCCCAGUCUCAUCACUUAAUGCCAUUUGGAGUAAAUAGCUGUUUCCCAAUGCUGGUUCUGGGGACCCAAAGGGUGUGUACAUUUUCUGUUUUUGCCCUAGCCCUAGUCAAAGGUUGGUGUUUUUGCUAGGGCAAAAACUAAAUUAUGCGCACUUUAGCAUCCCCAGGACCAGCAUUUGCAAACACUGGUUUUCACCACUUAAUCUGAGUUUACCAUGGUUGUCUAGCUAAAUAUGACAAAAUGGACAAACAUGGUUAUAUCCUGGUGUGGCAGCUUGUGUUUACAUUACCUGUGAGGGUUGACGUUAAAUAAAGAGACAAACACCAUUUAGAUCCAAUUGGCUUUAUUCAGUGAAACCAAGGUUAGAGCCUCUGGCACCAGACAACACACUUUACCCCCUGUGCCAGCCUCUGCUCACCUCUAAAAUCAAAAUACAGGGAUUUCUCCAUUCAAAUUAGCCUCAUUAACAUCAAAUUGUAAUGGUUGAGUCCUCGGCCCUUUGAGUCAGCCACAACCCCUAUGUCUGCCUAUCUUUAGGAGUUUCACUGAUUCCCAUACCCUGGUAGCUUGUCAUUGUAUCACCUGGAUGGAGGACGCUGAUCGAACACACACGUGAGCAGGAGCUGAAAUCCAGGGCCUAACUACAAAACGACCUGAACCAAAUCUCUAAAGAGAAACCCAUUUCAUUUCCAAAUCGGACUAAAGUCUGCCGAAUAUUACCAAAAAGGUCUGCUUUAUUGUUAUGUUGGAUGUCUUUGGUAGGUGGGAAUUCUGAGAUCUAUGUAUCAUACUAGUUUGCCAGGCCAUGGUCUUGCUCCUACAUUCUCUACCUGUUUAAGUCAGUGGAUGACAUUGUAAAGUUACUUUGCCCUAUAAAGUUGUCUCCAGCAGUCA